CGAGACCCAACGACCUUGUCAAAGGCUUAUUCAUGUUAAGACACGAACUAAAUCAGAUACAGCUUACAAGUACCUAUAGGAUUCUCCACAUAUUAACUGGGGUUUGUGGUGGAGUUGAAUUUCGAAUUCUAGUGUAGUAUUUGAUAUCGUUUCAUAGGACAUCGCCUCUACUAUGUAAUCUACCGCCACCCCGUGUCUGUGUGCGCGGCUUAUUUCAUUAGACUACAUUACUAUUAAAAUCCACAUACUAGUUGAAUUGAAUAUUCAGCUUCUCCUUCGCCGUACGAAAUCUGGGGUUUGGGGCCAUCUGACUUAGCGUUGGACUAUUGAAAAGUUUCUGGGCAGACUUAGCUUAGCCAUUCGCAUCCAAUUUCACUUCGCUUCAUAUGAUAUAGAUCUGAACGGGACAAGCAGGAGCAUACACCAAGAGCGUCAUCCAACCAGCCAACUAGGAAUCGUCAAAGAUGGAGGGCAACGAUGGGAUUCCUUCGAAAUACUUCGAGCCGCCCUACAGCCUCGUGCCUAUGGAGAACCGCACUUAUAACGGCCUCCUCGCUAUAGGCACUCUUGCUACCAUUUCACUACUCUUCACAAGCUUUCUCCUGAGUUUCAUCACGUGGCGAAUGAUAACGUGGAAAUCCCAUUACUCUAGUGCCGUCGGUCGAAAUCAGUCGGUCAUGCUCAUUUAUCAACUUAUUCUCGCCGACUUCUUACAAUCGCUGGGCUUUUUGAUAUCAUUUCACUGGGUGGCUGAGCGUCAGAUCAUUGGACCAAACGGGGCGUGUUUUGCACAGGGUUGGCUAAUUCAGCUCGGAGAUGUAGCGAGCGCAUUCUUCGUCCUCGCCAUUGCGGUACACACGACAUACCAAGUUAUUAUCGCCAGAACCUUAUCAUACAAUACAUUCAUUUACUGUGUGCUGGCCGUUUGGGGACUUGCGAUACUUCUUACAUCUCUCGCACCUCUGAUUGGUGGUCGGUAUGUGUUUCAGAGAGCUGGUGUUUGGUGCUGGAUAUCUACCGACAAUGAGGGGCUACGUCUUUCCCUCCACUACAUAUGGAUCUUUAUCGUCGAAUUUGGCUCUAUCCUCGUCUACGCUACCGGUUUCUACUACCUUUUCCGUGCCAAACGAUCGGAUAAAAUUAUAGUACCUGCACGCAGUGCCGAGACUAUGCGUAAAGCCCGAACUGCAAUGUUAGCAUACGCAAUGGUUUAUACUAUCCUGAGUCUCCCACUAGCUGCUGGGCGUAUGGCUAGCAUGUCUAACAAUGAACUAUCCGACGAGUAUUAUUUGUUUGCUGGGGCUUUGUUUACUUGUUCCGGUUGGGUUGACACACUCCUUUACACUUUCACUCGACGUGCUUUACUAUUCGACGAAUUAAACGUUUACAGUCGACGGCCCGGGACUCACGCGGAAGAUGGAAUACACGGCAAAGAUACGGGAUUCCAGCGGCAGAGUAGUACGGACAGCAUACUCGCCAAUAAUGGUUUCGGAAGUAUUGGGGGGAUUAAAAUGGAGAGAACUGUGAAGGUGGAACUGGACGACUUUGACAGCAGUACCAGCAAUGGAAGAAUAACACGAGAAUACUAUGCAACGGCUGAGGCAUUCAAACCAUGAGUUAACGGGUCGGUUUGGAGGAAUACCAAUGAGAUACUAUGGAUAUGAAUUAUAGUUCUGCUUGUUCAAGCCGCUACAUGUUGCUCCUGUAGUCGAAUUAUGAACAUUAUAACAAGCACUAAUUAUUUAAUGAUCUCUUUUAAUUAUAAUGAGUAACAAGGUAUUAUAUAGCUAUUCUCGAAAACGACUAUCUAGGAUUUAAGAGGAAAUAUUAAUACGUACUAG